AUGAACAACCAUAGGAUUGGGGAGGUCAAGAAAUAUACUAAAGACCUUAUCAAAUGGAAUGAGCUUGAGGAGAGUGUCCUAAAGCAAAAGGUUAAGAUUGAGUGGUUGAGUUUGGGGGUGGAAACAACUCUUACUUCCAUGCAUCACUUAAAUCCAAACAUAAUCCCAAAAGUAUGUGAAUGUUGUAUAAAGAAGAUGGAAUCAGAGUUACAACAUAAUCUGAGAUUGAGGAAGUUGUGGUUGGAGUACUAUGAAGGGUUAAUGGGGAAGAAUGAUAGUAACAUGAUUCACAUUGAUGUUGCAGCCAUGAGAAAUAAUGAUGAGUUGAGCAUGAAGCAAAGACAUAGUCUUAUUGCCCCUAUCAGUGAGCAAGAGAUCCUAAAAGCUCUGAAUGGUAUUGGUGAUAUGAAGGCACCUGGCAUUGAUGGUUAUGGUGCUAGAUAUUUCAAAGCUAGCUGGCAGACUAUUAAAGGUGACAUGAUUGCAACAGUUAUGAAUUUCUUUGAGAAUGAGAGAUUGUACAAAGUUUUUAAUAUUACUAUGGUUACACUUAUUCCUAAAAGUGACGAGGCUACAUCCAUUAAAGAUUUUAGGCCAAUUGCUGGUUGUACUAUCUUGUACAAGAUCAUCUCCAAAGUGCUUAUAGCUAGACUAGGGAAGGUACUUGGUAGCAUUAUAAGUCCUUGUCAGGCUGCUUUUAUCCAUGGACAACAGAUCUACAACCACAUUUUGCUUUCUUAUGAGUUGAUCAAAGGCUACACUAGGAAGGGAGGUACUCCUAAGUGUAUGAUGCAUUUGGACCUACAAAAAGCUUAUGAUAUGGUAGAUUGGAGAGUUUUGGAGUGCAACCUUAAAGAGAUAGAUGCUGUGCUGAUGUUUGCAAGAGAAGAUUACAGGUCAUUAGAGUUAAUGAUGAAAGCCUUAAAUAAAUUUUCUAUGUCAAUUGGCUUGAUUAUAAAUCCUAGAAAGUGUAGAAUCUACUUUGGGGGAGUUGACGAGAAUACUAAGGAUGAUAUUAAAAAGAUGACAACUUUUAUGGAAUGA